UGCACACAGUGGAGAGAUAGUAGACUUUUGAGUAAAUAUAGCAGAUAUCUUGAGACUUAAAAAGGGGAAAGGAAUACAAAGAAUGUGAUGGUUCAGAUUCUCUGGGUAAGGAUCCAUGGAAAGCAUGGUUAGAUUCUGACACAUGGACUGACACAUCCAAAACACCCAGUUACUUCCCCAGCCUUGAUGACCUUCUCCUCUCCUUCAGAACUGAACUCCUCUUUCCCCGUGACAUCACCUGGGUGGAACCUACAAGACGCAACUCCUCCAGUUCCGCAAUUGAGCAGACAAGCUAUGAUAGUACCAUCAGCCCAAUGACAAGGAACAGGGAGUGGUGGCAAGGAAGAGAAAGAGAAAAAAGCCAAGUUUUGCUUGAAGUCAUUUUGGUGAAAGAUAAAGGCAAGGUCAUGGCAGUAGAGAAGGCCAGGAGAGUCUGGACAAGAAGGCCAAGGAGGCACAUUGCCCAUGGCACCCUCUGACGAAUAAGCCAAGGCUUGCUCCUAGGGUGAAAAAUUGCAAUGUUUAUUUUCUUUUUACUCUCCUCCAAAAUAAGAGCAGCUCCAAAAAGAACUUUAUAGUCCAGUAAUCUUUUUCUAUAGCAGCCAGCCAGAUGAUUUCAAGCAGAACAUUAAGUGUUCAUUCUCCAGAAGAUUAGAGGGUAGGACAGGAACCAGUGAGUGGAAGCUUUACAGCGAGGGAUGCAAACUUGAAAUAAUGAGGAAUUUCCUGACUGUGAGGGCUAUUAAGCAAUGGAAGAGUUUGUCUCCUGAAGUCAUGGGUGCUCUGUCACUGGAAGUUUUCAAGAAAAGAUUGGACAGCCAUUCAUCAGGGAUGAUCUGACAAUUCCUGUGCUGGGCAGCAGUCGGACUAGAAAAUCUCCGAGGUCUCUUCCACCCUCUGAUUCUAUGCACAGUCUAUUCUGCAAUCACCCUUCCCCAUCUGCUGUGAAAACCUUCUUAAAAAUAUAAUGGUACUUUUACUGCGCAAUUGUCUUGCCACACACAGGGAAUUUCACGUACGCAAAAAUCUGAAGAACCUGCAAGGGUUCUCUAUUUUGCAGCAAUGAAACAUCUAGAAAAAGGUACAGUCAGCCAAUCCUCCUUCAUAUAUAUCUUCUACCUUUUUGGGUUGCUUUCUCUCUCCAUAUUUUUUCAUCUAUGUGAGAAGAUCUCUAUCUACCACACAUCCAAUUCCCCAGUAAUGGAACAACUUCUACUCCAGAACAUCACCCUUAAUUCUAGCUUGUCCUUUGCUGGUAUAUGGACGGUGAACUCCAUUGGGCGCCUGGGGAACCAGAUGGGAGAAUAUGCCACCCUCUACGCCUUAGCCAAGCUCAAUGGUCAUAAAGCCUACAUCCUUCCAGAAAUGCAUCAGUACUUAUCGCCAAUCUUCAAGAUCACUUUGCCUGUGAUCUCUGCUAAGAGGUUUAGGAAAAUCCAGUGGAAGAAAGUUUAUCUGAAUGAUUGGAUGUCAGAGGAAUAUCGUCACAUCCGGGGCAGAUAUGUCCAAUUGAUGGGCUACCCUUGUUCUUACACCUUUUAUCAUCACAUCCGCCAGGAAAUACUAAAGGAGUUCACCUUCCACGACCACAUCAAGGAAGAGGCCAAUCACUACCUCCAAGUGUUGCGGGGGGAACGCCAGAAUGUGACAUUUGUUGGAGUGCAUGUCCGGAGAGGGGAUUAUGUGCGGGUAAUGCCCGAAACCUGGAAAGGUGUAGUGGCUGACAAAGGUUACUUGGAGAAAGCCAUGAACUACUUCAGAAAGAAAUACCUCAAUCCCAUCUUUGUGGUGACCAGCAAUGGGAUGCAGUGGUGCAAGGAGAACAUUAAUGCCUCCAGGGGGGAUGUCUACUUUGUUGGGGAUGGGAAGGAAUCAACUCCAGGGAAGGAUUUUGCUCUCCUUGCCCAUUGCAACCACACAAUAAUGACCAUUGGGACUUUUGGCAUCUGGGCUAGCUAUUUAGCAGGUGGGGAGGCUGUUUACUUGGCCAAUUAUACCCUCCCAGACUCUCCGUUUCUCAAGAUCUUCAAGCCUUCCGCAGCCUUCUUGCCUGAAUGGAUUGGGAUCCCAGCAGACCUUUCUCCAUUGCUGCCCAAAUCAUAAGAUACCCUGAGAGGAUUUGCCUGCCCACCAGGUUGGAUAGAGCAGACACAGUCCAGGUCCCUUCCUUGAAAUAUUGCCAUGGGACCUAGGAAGCAUGCCUUUUCCAUGGUGGCCCUACCCUGUGGAACGCCCUCCCCCCAGGCAAUCUGGCAGACCCCCACUCUUUUAGCCUUCUGGAAGGCCAUGAAGACCUGGCUCUUCCGCCAGACGUUGGGGUAGAGUGCAAUGGCAGCUGAUGGAUGCUUGCUGGAGCAUCCCAGGAGAAUGACUGAGGUGCUGGGUUUUAGUCUUUGUUUAAAUGGUUUUUAUUGUUUUUGUGUGUGUUUUUUAAUUGUUGUGAGCCACCCAGAGUUGCACUGUAAGAUGGGCAGCCAUACAAAUGUUUUAA